UCACUUACAGCAAGGAAGACAACUCUGUAACACAUUACGUACUUUACAAGUAACUGUCAAACCCUUUGGAAAUAUCCACCAGCGAGCUGCAAAAUAUCUCAUCAUGUGCAGAGGACUUGAAUCACUGCCUACCACCUGCCUGGAGAGGUGAGAUCCAUUUUUCUUGUCUUGGAGGAAAAUGUAUUAUUCCUGUACUUCUAGGCUAUGACAGCUGGAUUUAAAUGUUCAUACUAAGUCCUGUUGUAACAAUCCUUCUUUAUCUUUGCAGGGCAAAGGAGCUGAAAGCUUUGUUUGCAAGUUUACUCCAAAAGUCAGAUCACAGCAUCACUAGCCAGUCAAAGAAAAAUGACAAACUGAGGUUAAACGCGGACGAGCCUUUAAAAUGGAAGGAGUCGUUUGACGACUUGUUGUCCAGUCAAAAUGGACUUUGCCUGUUCAGAGCGUUCCUGCACUCACAGUUCAGUGAGGAAAACAUCGCAUUCUACUUGGCUUGUGAGGACUACCGGGAAACAAAACCUUCAAAACUGGCCGCCAAAGCCAAGCAAAUUUACGACGAGUUCAUCGGCUCUGAUGCAUCACGAGAGGUAAAUCUUGACCAUGUGACCAAAGCCAUCACAAAGGAGAACAUGGAGCAUCCCAACCUGUCCUGUUUCAAUCUGGCCCAAGCCAAAAUCUACACCCUGAUGGAGAAAGACUGCUACCCUCGCUUUUUAAAGUCCCCCACAUUCCUGGAGCUCAGCAGAAAGGUCAAGACAGGCUAACAAACUGUACUUAAAAAAAACUCUCCUGCAAGCAGCAGACAGAAAGGGACAUAAGCGUACUGACGCACAGCAGAGUCUGGAAAAGUUCACACGGAACAAAUACCUCAGUCCACGGAGAUUCACGCCCGGUUGUGGUGUUAUUUUGGGGACCGGAGGUUGCAUACAGAUCUGCGUCCAAGCUGGAAGCUGAAGGACACGUGAAGCUUUGAGGACAAGACUGACUCAGACUGUGCUGCAGACGAUGUCUGCCUCUGAAAGAGACACCUGUACUGUACCAGACAGGGCUGCAUGAAUUAUAAAAUGCAGAUAGACAGAAAUUAGUUGCUUUCAUACGACAAAUCUACCGCUGGCUCAAUGGCAUUAGUGUUUAUUUAUUUAUUAUUUAUAUAUUUAUUUAUUAUUAUGUGGUGAAAACUGAUCAGAAUUUCUUUUUUUUUUUUUUAUCUGAAGUACUGUAUGUAAUAAUGAAUAAAAUAUGACCAAUUUCCAGAGACAAGAGAGUACCGUUUUGUACCAUGGAAAACUCCCUACACAUACAGAGAGGGGUAUGUGGUUAGUGUGGUCAG